UUUUAAAUCAGCAGAACCAUGGGUUUGCUUACCAGGUUCUUACUGAUUACACAGAUAUUAUUCUUCACAACAGUUUUAAUUACUGCAGAAGAUGAAAUAGAAUUAGAUUCUAAAUCAGAUGUUCUAGAACAAUUGAUUAUAGAUGAUAAAGGGCUUGAACUUUUUCGAGAAAAUCGUCAAGCCAUAGAUGAAUUACGAGAUCAUACACAUAUCAAUAAAAUUGAUGUGAAAUGUUCGGAUACAGGAUUCGAAGUAAACAUCGAAUUUGAAGCGACGUUUACUGGAUUAAUUUAUAGUAAAGGAUACUACGAUGAUCCAAAAUGCAGAUAUGUAAAGGCGGGAGGAAACAAAAACGCCUAUACAUUUGUUGUACCAUUAAAAGGAUGCGGUUCCAAGCCCGCUUGUUCAGUGUGUGGUACAAUCGAAAAUACUUUAAUUAUACAAACGGAUGAUACCGUACAAGAAUUAUGGGAUACAGCAAGAAAAAUAUCCUGUGAAUCAGGUGGUUUGGGUGAUAAAACAGUUUACUUCAAACCAUUUAUUGUGGAUAUGCUGGAAGUAGUCAAUGUGCCAACACAAAGAGGCACAGUAGACUGUUGGAUGGAUAUUCAAGUUGGAAAUUAUCCAAAUAUUCGACCUAUAAAAGAUUUAAUUAAAAUAGGAGAAUCCUUAACAAUAUUAGUUUACUUAAAGGAUCCUGAAAAACAAUACGAUAUUCGUGUAAGAGACUGUUGGGCAUACGAUAAUGAAAACUUUGAUGCUGCUCAAACGCACAAAUUACAACUGACUGAUAAAGAAGGUUGCCCAAGGAAACAAAAAUUAAUAGAUUUCUGGCAAAAAACCACGAAUACUGGAUCAUCUGGCGCUACUCUAAUUACGUACAAUACAAUUAGUGCAUUUAAAUUUCCAGAUCGUGAGCAAGUUUUUCUGACAUGUAAUAUUGAGAUAUGUUUCGAAAAAUGUGACGGAGGUUGUCAAGCACAAGAGAGUACAACAACAAUUUCACCAGUUUGUGGUCCAGGAUCAAAAGAUCCACGUUGUACAAGACCAACAACAUUACGCCCUCCACCACGAUGUUACCCAGGUUCACAAGAUCCACGCUGCCCAAAACCUCCAUCAACACCAGCGCCACCACGAUGCUAUCCAGGAUCCACAGAUCCUAGAUGCCCUAAGCCGCCAACAACACCAGCACCACCAAGAUGCUUCCCAGGCUCUACAGAUCCAAGGUGCCCAAAACCACCUACUACACAGCCACCACCUCAAUGUUACCCUGGAUCACAAGACCCCCGUUGUCCCAAACCACCGACAACAACAGAGGCUCCUCGGUGCUAUCCAGGAUCUACUGAUCCGAGAUGUCCGAAACUCCCAACAACAACUCAACCACCACGAUGUUAUCCAGGUUCAACAGAUCCUAGAUGUCCAAAGCCACCAACUACUCCAGAACCACCACGAUGCUAUCCAGGAUCUACAGAUCCUAGGUGCCCUAAGCCACCGACUACGCAACCACCACCACAAUGUUACCCAGGAUCACAGGAUCCGCGUUGUCCAAAACCUCCAACGACUCCAGGUUUACCAAAAUGUUUCCCUGGAUCACAGGACCCUCGUUGUCCAAAACCACCCACAACAACUAGUCGACCCCAGUGUUACCCUGGAUCACAAGACCCAAGAUGUCCAAAACCACCAACAACACCAGCACCACCACGAUGCUAUCCUGGUUCUACAGACCCAAGAUGUCCAAAACCACCAACUACUCAGUCACCACCACAAUGCUAUCCUGGAUCGCAGGACCCUCGAUGCCCCAAACAACCAACAACUACAGAAGCACCCCGGUGCUAUCCAGGCUCUACAGACCCAAGAUGCCCAAAACCGCCAACUACUCAGUCACCACCUCAAUGUUAUCCUGGAUCGCAGGACCCUCGCUGUCCCAAACCACCAACAACUACAGAAGCACCACGGUGCUAUCCAGGAUCUACUGAUCCGAGAUGUCCAAAACCACCAACUACUCCAGAACCACCACGAUGUUAUCCAGGAUCUACAGAUCCUAGAUGCCCUAGGCCACCGACUACGCAACCACCACCACAAUGUUACCCAGGAUCACAGGAUCCGCGUUGUCCAAAACCGCCAACUACACAACCACCUCCUCGCUGCUAUCCUGGUUCACAGGAUCCUCGAUGUCCUCAACCACCGACCACACCAGCUGUACCCAAUUGUUAUCCAGGUUCAAAAGAUCCUCGUUGCCCUAAACCACCAACAACGCCAUCGACACCGCAAUGCUAUCCAGGUUCUCCAGAUCCACGGUGUCCAAAGCCACCACCAUCAUCGACACUUAAACCUUCAACUUAUUUGCCACCAGACACCACUACAUCGCGAUGCUACCCAGGAUCACAAGAUCCUCGAUGUCCAAAACCCCCAACAACACAAGCGCCUCCACGAUGUUAUCCAGGAUCGACUGAUCCCAGAUGCCCUAAGACACCAUCAACACAGCCACCACCACAAUGUUAUCCUGGAUCACAGGACCCUCGUUGUCCAAAACCACCAACCACACCAGCACCACCAAAAUGCUAUCCAGGAUCUACUGAUCCCAGAUGCCCAAAGCCACCAACAACACAGCCACCACCACAAUGUUAUCCUGGAUCACAGGACCCUCGUUGUCCAAAACCACCAACCACACCAGCACCACCAAAAUGCUAUCCAGGAUCUACUGAUCCCAGAUGCCCAAAGCCACCAACAACACAGCCACCACCACAAUGUUAUCCUGGAUCACAGGACCCUCGUUGUCCAAAACCACCAACCACACCAGCAAUACCAAAAUGCUAUCCAGGAUCUACUGAUCCCAGGUGUCCAAAGCCACCAACAACACAGCCACCACCACAAUGUUAUCCUGGAUCACAAGACCCUCGUUGUCCAAAACCACCAACAACACCAGCACCACCAAAAUGCUAUCCAGGAUCUACUGAUCCCAGGUGUCCAAAGCCACCAACAACACAGCCACCACCACAAUGUUAUCCUGGAUCACAGGAUCCUCGUUGUCCAAAACCACCAACCACACCAGCACCCCCAAAAUGCUACCCAGGAUCUACUGAUCCCAGAUGUCCUAAGCCACCAACUACACAGCCACCACCACAAUGUUAUCCUGGAUCACAGGAUCCUCGUUGUCCAAAACCACCAACCACACCAGCACCCCCAAAAUGCUAUCCAGGAUCUACUGAUCCCAGAUGUCCUAAGCCACCAACUACACAGCCACCACCACAAUGUUAUCCUGGAUCACAGGAUCCUCGUUGUCCAAAACCACCAACCACUCCAGCACCUCCAAAAUGCUACCCAGGAUCUACUGAUCCCAGAUGUCCUAAGCCACCAACUACACAGCCACCACCACAAUGUUAUCCUGGAUCACAGGAUCCUCGUUGUCCAAAACCACCAACCACACCAGCACCCCCAAAAUGCUAUCCAGGAUCUACUGAUCCCAGAUGUCCUAAGCCACCAACUACACAGCCACCACCACAAUGUUACCCUGGAUCACAGGACCCUCGUUGCCCAAAACCUCCAACCACACCAGCACCUCCACAAUGCUAUCCAGGGUCUACAGAUCCAAGAUGUCCUAAGCCACCAACUACACCAUCUCCACCAAGAUGUUAUCCAGGGUCAACAGACCCUAGAUGUCCUAAACCCCCAACAACACAACCCCCUCCAAACUGCUAUCCAGGUUCGCAGGAUCCACGUUGUCCUAAACCACCAACCACUCAACCGGCUCCAAAAUGUUACCCAGGAUCACAAGAUCCAAGAUGUCCUAAACCACCAACUACACCUGCUCCACCUCGAUGCUAUCCAGGGUCUACGGAUCCUCGAUGCCCAAAGCCACCAACCACUCCAGCUCUUCCUCAGUGUUAUCCAGGGUCACCAGAUCCACGUUGCCCAAGACCACCACCAUCAUCAACAUUAAAACCAUCCACAUACCUUCCACCAGAUACGACAACAUCUCGGCCACAAUGUUAUCCAGGCUCCCAAGAUCCACGUUGUCCACAACCACCCACUACACCAGCACCACCGAACUGUUAUCCUGGGUCUCAAGACCCACGUUGUCCCAAACCAACACCAACUACACCUGCGCCUCCUCGGUGUUAUCCUGGAUCUACAGAUCCUAGAUGCCCAAGGCCACCAACAACACCAGCACCACCUAGAUGUUAUCCAGGGUCAACAGAUCCACGCUGUCCCAAGCCGCCUACUACACCAGCCCCACCUAAUUGUUAUCCUGGAUCUCAAGAUCCACGCUGUCCUAAACCACCACCAACUACCCCUGCACCUCCUCGUUGUUAUCCUGGAUCAACAGAUCCUAGAUGCCCUAAGCCAAGUACAACUCCAGCACCCCCUCAAUGUUAUCCUGGCUCAACAGACGUUAGAUGUCCAAAGCCACCAACAACACCGGCACCACCUAGAUGUUAUCCGGGGUCAACAGAUCCACGCUGUCCCAAGCCACCAACUACACCGGCCCCGCCUAACUGUUAUCCUGGAUCUCAAGAUCCACGAUGCCCUAAACCACCUACUACAACACCACAACCGACAUGUUUCCCUGGAUCACAAGAUCGUCGCUGCCCAAAACCUCCCACUACACCAGCACCUCCUAAGUGCUAUCCAGGAUCUACUGAUCCUAGAUGUCCCAAGACACCAACAACUACUGCACCGCCACAAUGCUAUCCAGGCUCAACAGACACAAGAUGUCCAAAACCACCAACAACACCUGCACCGCCGCGAUGUUAUCCUGGGUCAACAGAUCCACGGUGUCCCAAACCACCUACUACUACAGCACCACCAAACUGCUAUCCGGGAUCUACUGAUCCUAGAUGUCCAAAAAUACCACCAACUACACCUGCGCCUCCACGUUGUUACCCUGGAUCUACUGACCCAAGAUGUCCUAGGCCACAGACAACUCCUGCACUUCCACAAUGUUACCCAGGCUCACCCGAUCCACGCUGCCCAAGACCACCACCUUCAUCAACUCUUCAACCAUCAACAUAUCUACCACCAGACACUACAACGGCAAGGCCACAAUGUUACCCGGGAUCUCAAGAUCCACGGUGCCCUAAACCACCAACUACACCUGCACCACCACGCUGUUAUCCUGGAUCUACAGAUCCAAGAUGUCCUAAGCCACCAACUACACAACCACCACCACAAUGUUAUCCUGGAUCACAGGAUCCUCGUUGUCCAAAACCACCUACCACCCCAGCACCACCACAAUGUUAUCCAGGAUCCACAGAUCCGAGAUGUCCUAAACCACCUACCACACCAGCGUUGCCAAAGUGCUAUCCAGGAUCUACUGAUCCCAGAUGCCCCAAGCCACCUACUACUCAGCCACCACCACAAUGUUAUCCAGGGUCCACAGAUCCUCGAUGUCCCAAGCCUCCCACAACACAGCCACCACCACAGUGUUAUCCUGGAUCACAGGAUCCUCGCUGUCCUAAACCACCUACCACCCCAGCACCACCAAAAUGUUAUCCUGGAUCCACAGAUCCCAGAUGUCCUAAACCUCCAACAACACAGCCACCGCCACAAUGUUAUCCUGGAUCACAAGAUCCGCGUUGCCCAAAGCCACCAACAACACCAGCACCCCCACAAUGUUAUCCAGGAUCCACUGAUCCUAGGUGCCCAAGGCCACCAACAACUCCGGCAAUACCAAAAUGUUAUCCAGGCUCACAGGACCCACGUUGUCCUAAGCCACCGACUACACCAGCACCACCAAAUUGCUAUCCUGGUUCAUCUGAUCCUAGAUGUCCCAAACCAACAACGACUCAAGCCCCACCAAAUUGCUAUCCUGGUUCACCAGAUCCCAGAUGUCCCAGACCUCCACCAUCUUCAACAAGGGAACCAUCAACUUAUUUACCUCCAGACACAACUACAAUACGAUGUUUUGUUGGCUCAACUGAUCCUAGAUGUCCUAAACCAACAACAACCCCAGCACCUCCACAAUGUUACCCAGGAUCAUCCGAUCCCAGAUGUCCAAAACCACCAACAACUCCGGCACCCCCACGAUGCUUCCCAGGAUCUACAGAUCCCAGAUGUCCUAAACCACCAACAACUCCGGCACCUCCACGAUGCUUCCCUGGAUCAACAGAUCCCAGAUGUCCUAAGCCACCAACAACUCCGGCACCACCAAAUUGCUAUCCAGGUUCCCAAGACCCUCGUUGUCCAAAACCACCAACCACUCUAGCACCUCCACGAUGUUUCCCAGGAUCUACGGAUCCUAGAUGUCCAAAACCACCCACAACUCCGGCACAGCCAAAAUGCUACCCAGGCUCGCAGGACCCACGUUGCCCAAAACCACAAACCACGCCAGCACCACCAAAUUGCUAUCCAGGAUCAACAGAUCCUAGAUGCCCUAGACCACCAACUACACAGCCACCACCACAAUGUUAUCCAGGUUCUCAAGAUCCUCGAUGUCCAAAACCAUCAACUACACCAGCACCGCCGAAAUGUUAUCCCGGUUCCACAGAUCCUAGAUGUCCUAAGCCACCAACUACUCCCGCUCCACCUAAUUGCUAUCCUGGUUCUCGAGAUCCUCGUUGUCCAAAACCACCCACUACCACUACACCCCCACGAUGCUAUACCGGUUCAACUGAUCCUAGAUGCCCUAAGCCCCCAACUACUCAAGCUCCACCAAAUUGUUACCCUGGGUCACCCGAUCCAAGGUGUCCAAGACCUCCACCAACGUCAACAAAACAACCUUCAACUUAUUUGCCACCAGAAACCACUACAUUGCGAUGCUUCCCAGGUUCACAAGACCCCCGUUGCCCAAAGCCCCCAACAACUCCGGCACCUCCUCGAUGUUAUCCAGGAUCGACGGAUCCCAGAUGUCCAAAACCACCUACAACCCCAGCACCAGCACAAUGCUUCCCAGGAUCUACGGAUCCCAGAUGCCCUAAGCCACCAACAACGGCCGGGCCACCAAAUUGUUAUCCAGGUUCACAAGACCCCCGAUGCCCGAAACCACCUACCACUACAGCACAGCCACGAUGCUAUCCGGGAUCUACAGAUCCUAGAUGUCCUAAGCCACCAACAACUCCGGCACCACCAAAUUGUUAUCCAGGAUCUUCUGAUCCUAGAUGUCCCAAGCCACCCACAACGCCAUCACCGCCAAAUUGUUAUCCCGGUUCACGAGAUCCUAGGUGUCCUAGUCCUCCACCAACGUCAACACGAGAACCAUCUACUUACUUGCCACCAGACACAACUACAUUACGCUGUUAUCCAGGUUCUCAAGACCCUCGUUGUCCAAAGCCACCAACAACUCCAGCACCACCACGAUGCUUCCCAGGAUCAACAGAUCCCAGAUGUCCUAAAACACCAACAACUCCGGCACCUCCACGAUGCUUCCCAGGAUCAACAGAUCCCAGAUGUCCUAAGCCACCAACAACUCCGGCACCACCAAAUUGCUAUCCAGGAUCCCAAGACCCUCGUUGUCCAAAACCACCAACCACUCCAGCACCUCCACGAUGCUUCCCAGGAUCUACGGAUCCUAGAUGUCCUAAACCGCCAACUACUCCUGCACCACCAAAUUGUUAUCCAGGCUCACAAGAUCCCCGAUGUCCAAAACCACCUACCACUACAACACAGCCAAGAUGCUAUCCUGGAUCUACAGACCCCAGAUGCCCUAAACCACCAACCACACCUUCGCCGCCAAAUUGUUACCCAGGCUCCCAAGAUCCACGUUGCCCAAAACCGCCAACUACACCGGCACCUCCACGGUGCUAUCCGGGUUCUACAGAUCCCAGAUGUCCAAAGCCACCAACAACUCCGGCACCUCCAAAUUGUUAUCCAGGUUCGCAAGACCCAAGAUGCCCUAAACCAAUUCCUACAACAACACCGUCAUCCUGCUACCCCGGAUCAAUUGAUCCUAACUGUCCCCAACCAUUUAGACCAUCAAGUACCAAUCCUCCUGCAACAUAUCUACCACCAUUCCCGGUUGGUAAUCUUGGCCAGUCUUCUAAUGUCAUUGAAGGUCGUGUAGAAUUUCCAAGCAAAGAUAUAGAGCAACAGAGUAUAGAGCAACAAGAAGAUGAACUUCCCUUAGCACUUCAAAUAAAUGAGAAUUUAAUUGAUAGAGACGAUUAUCAUGCAAAGAACGCCGAUUCGAGACAUCAUGCAUUCCAUCAGUUCCUUUACGAAACACCAACAAAUAGUAAGCGACGUAUUACUAGAGAUGUUGAAAAUGUCGAACAUGUACGCGAGAAGAGACAUACAUUCCAAUCACCAGAAAUAGUAUCAAUCACUUUAGGCACAAGAGCAUUUAAUUUUAAUGAUCAUUAUGGCGAAAGACACACGAUAAAUAAACGAAGUGCUGGCGUAUUUACGGAAAAUGCAGUAAAUGAUAAAAAUUUAGCUCAAAAUGUUGCAUACACGACAUACACAAUGGUUGCUCUAUUCGGAAUAAUGAUUAUCAUUAUCAUUUCUAGUUAUUCGUAUAAGAAACGAAUGAAUAAUAUUGUGAUUCCACGAAAUAAUAUACAAAAUAGUUGUUAACAUUAAUUCAAAAUUGCGAAGUGACUUCUACCUCUUGCGCGUAAGAUAUUUAGCCUUGAGUGCUAUUUCCGUAUUCGAAACUUCGAUAGUGAUUGUUGUCUUGAAUGAUAGAUGGUUAUAGAUUGUGAUUUUAGCAUUAACAUCGUACGUCGUUAUGAUCGAAGACUUUAAUUAUUGAAUUUGCGCUAUUUGUAUUAAAUUAUUAUAUUUGUAUAGUAUUGAAAGAAUGAGCAAGACAGUCUGAGAUUGUGAUCAAUCUGUAUCUCUAUCGAAAGACUGAGCUUUUUUACUCUAGGCGUGUACACCGUACACUGUACGGUUCAAUAUUUAAAGUCUUACUUGUAACAACUAGCGGUAAAAUAAUAAAAAUUAUAAUUUUAGAAGGCGAAUUUCCAUCUCACUGGCUUUAAAAACCACAAAAAGUCGAAAAAUUCAAACAUUUGAAUUUUUAUCUUAAACUCUAUUCUAUUCAAAAGGCACAAAAUUCGAUUUUACGGUUCCUAGUUAUUGUAUAUUUAUUAUUGGCGUGGUUGUUCUUUUUGCCUCGGUUUGGUACAUUGAGUGUAAAUAGAAAAGGAUAGCUUGAUAGCACCAUUACAGUGUAAUAUCACAAUUUUUUUUUACAUACACUUAGUGUAAAUAUUGUAUACACCAAGGCACAAAAAACAUAUAAUUCUAUGUGUACGGGGUGGUAGUCACAUCGUUAAAAUUAUCGUCCAAAAAAAGAAAAAUGAAAAAUUUCGACGAAAAAAUGUACAUUGAAAAAUAAUUUUUACAGUUUACAAUAUUUGUUAUCAUUUGAUUUUACUGAAAUAAAAAUGUUUUUAAUAUA